CCAGGAUUCUGGGAUGGAGUCGUGGCAGUUAAAGUGGCGUCAAACUGCAUUAAUUCUACAGUGUAGAUGCAUCCCAUGGCCUGGAGUGGCUCCUUCUCGUUUCAGUUGGAACCCUAAUAUCUUUUAUUCGGAUGGCUGCAACAAACCCACUGGACAGAAAAAAUAAAAUACAUUAAAAAUAGUAUAUACUGUAUAGGAAAGGAGAAUAAUGGUAGAAAAGCCUUGUUUUUCCUUCACACCGAGAACCACAGAAUGAAAGAUACGCCUUUCCUAACUCUCUGCUUUUGAUUCUAGUUCCUGCUCAAUUUGGAUAUUUUUGUCCCCAUCCCAGGAAAUCAUUUGGAUAUCAUCCAUUGUGUUUGGAUGACAACUCCCGCAUUCUUUGCUAUCGCUUGUGCAGGCUAGGGGAUGCUGGGAGCUACAGUCCGACCACAUUUGGAGGACUGCUCCCUUUUUUAAAAAAAGAAAGAAAGUUUUCCUGAUAAAUCAAAUCUUUUAGAGAAAGAGAAAGUCUAAAAAUAUUGAUGGAAAAACAAAUCAAAUCUUGUUGGGUCCAUCUGCCGCGUUUGUGGAGGAUGUGUGUUGUUGUUCCUUUCACCCUCCAUUUCCCCUCUUGUGCCCAAGAGAGACCUGUGAUAUAUUUAUUCAAGGGCGUGUGUGUGUGUGUGUCUGUACAAUUUAUCAUCACGACAACCCUGUGAGGUAGGACAGGCUGUGAAAGAAAGAAUGAGGAGAGAGAAACUGGUUCAAGGUUCUCCAGUGAGUUUCCUGGCUCAGCGGGAACUUGAAUCUGGAGCCUCUAAAGCCUGUUUCACCACUCUAACCACUGUACCCCACUGCCUCCCAAAAUCCCACUUUAUUUUCUAGCUAGUCCUUAUGCCAAGGCACCACAUAAUCUGAACUUCUCUCUCCUCUGUGUCCCCAGAUCUGUCAGAGGAGGGUGGCCGAAAAAGUUGUGAUUCUUUCAUAAUGGACUGGUUCAAUGAAGGGGCUUUUAAAAGUUUGUGCUUAAUUAAAUCAUCACCAUCGUCAUUGUCAUCGUCAUCUGCCCAUUUGUUACUCAGUUCUGGCAGGCAGGCGUCUCUCUUCCAAAAUAGUGCCCGCCUGGCACUUGUUUCAAUAAACCCUGGCAUACCAAAUAAUUGGCGGCCGUGCCAAUUAUUUGAUAUGCCAGGAGGCUGCCAAUUAUUUGGUAUGCCAGGAUUUAUUGAAAGAGCUAUCGAAACUCCCAGCCAUACACAGGAUGGAGUGACCCUCUGGAAAAAUGGCUAUACCAAUUAUUUGGUAUGCUGAGGUUUACCGAAACCGCUACCAGGUGGGCACCAUUUUGGAAGAGGAUGGAAUGAUUGUCUGGAAAAUGGCUCUUUCUAAGUGAGGUAGAUGCGGCCCCUGAACUCCCUUCUGAAUCCCCUAAUUAUUAUUUUUCUAAAUAUCAGGCUCUUUCAGGGCAGUGUUUAGUCAAGGAUUCUGGAAGAUGCAAUCCAAAACAUCUGGAGGAGCAAAGACAUACUGAUCUAAUGCAUCUGGAAGGUUCCAGGUUGCAGAAAGGAAGCUUGGGAAACUUACCUUUUGGAAACCAUAUCCAGGGGUAGCUGUCUUGGCCCUAUAGCAAAGUACAGUAUAAUACAAAAUCCUCAAAAGAGCAAUACCGUUAUUGGGUCGACCAAAAUGCACAUUGUAUUGCAAGCUUUUGAAGCUCCACUGGCUUCUUCAUUAGACAACGGUGUUAAAAAGUUAUCCUGUAUUGUUUUUAACACCUUUCACUGAUGAAGAAGCUGGUAGAACUUUGAAAGCUUGCUACAUAUAUAAUGUGCGCUUUGGGUGGCCCAAUAAUAAUAACAGUUUUGUCAAUCUGGAAUGAUACUGCACUUUUCUGUGGGUUUUUCAGGUUAUGUGGCCAUGUUCUAGAAGAGUUUAUUCCUGACAUUUCGCCAGCAUCUGUGGCUGGCAUCUUCAGAGAAUGAAAGCCUUCGACUUCACAUCCUGUACUUUACUUUUUGGACUACAACUUCCAGCAUCCCCACAGGCAGCAUAGCUAUUGGGAGCUGUGGUCCGAAAAUGUAAUCAUGAAGGCUCUGUCAGUAUCCCACUAGAUACCAAAUAGCUGCCCAUUUAUUACUCAGUUCUAGUGGGUUCUAGUGGGCAUUUCCAAAACAGUGCCCACCUGGUACCUGUUUCGAUAAACCCUGGCAUACCAAAUAAUUGGCACCCAUGCUAACUAUUUCCUAUGCCAGGGUUUAUCGGAUCAGCUAUCGAAACUCCCGCCCAUACACAGGAUGGAAUGCUUCUCUGGAAACUGGCCAUGACAAUUAUUUUGUAUGCCAAGAUUUAUCCAAACAGGUGGGCACCAUUUUGGAAGAGAGACUCCUGCCCAUACACAGGAUGGAAUGUGUCUCUGGAAAACUGGCCGUGGCAAUGAUUUUGUAUGCCAAGGUUUAUCGAAACAGCACUAGGUGGGAACCAUUUUGGAAGAGAAACUCAUGCCCACACAGAGGAUGGAAUGACUCUCUGCAAAAUGGAUCUUUCUAAGUGGAGAAGGUACAGUCCCCGAACCCACUUCUAGGGCCCUCUGAAUCCUCUAUUUUAAUAUAUAUUUUUAAAAAAUUAGAUGUUUGGGGGUAGCAUUUUGCCCCAAAAUGGUCCAAAUGUGAAGAAAAUGGCCUAUAAACUAGGAAAUUUAUAUCCACUAAUCCCCAGCCCCAUUGAAUUACCAGUUUCGUGCUGAAAUUCAGCCUUAAAUCACAACCAGAAGUGAUGCAAUAUCAUUUCCUAUGAACCAGGAAACCUUAGGGUUGCCCACAGAGGGGAAAAUUGGUCCCAGCUUGCUCCUUUUCUGAGUCAUUUACAGGGUAUUCCUUUCUUCCGAAAUGACAUAUUCACCAACCAAUGUGGUCAAGGCUUGGAAAAGUCAUGCAUUUUCUUGGAUGACUGCAUGGCUGGGGGAUUCUGGGAGCAGGUGUCCAAAAUAAAAAAAAUAAGGGGCACUUUCCUCAAGCUCUGACUUUGCAGAAGCAAAUAGUUAAUCCGCAAAUAUUUUCCAAUACAGAGUCUACGUCCCAGUUUCCUGAAACGAUGCCAGAUACUUGCGAAACGCUUGGGCGCCCGGGGGGCCUGGUGACAUUGAAUGUUGGCGGCAAACUCUAUAGCACCACCCUGGAGACCCUGACUCGCUUUCCGGACUCCAUGUUGGGUGCCAUGUUUCGGGGACCCCAGCCAGCUCUCACCGACAACUGCGGCAACUACUUCAUCGACCGCGAUGGCAAAACUUUCCGCCACAUUCUCAAUUUCCUCCGUUUUGGCCACCUGGACCUUCCGGAAGGCUACUCCGAAUUGUCUCUCUUGCGGGCCGAAGCGGAUUUCUACCAGAUCCGUCCCCUUCUGGAGGCGCUGCGGCAGGUGGAGACGGAACGGUGGCGCCAAAGGACCAACGCCAUCCUGCACGCAGAUGUGGAUUUGCGCAAACGCUUGCUGCAUUUUAACGUCCGCCGUGGACCACAGAACUACGAACUCAACACAUGCUCCCUCCAGAUCUUCACUGCCAACGUCUUCUGCACUGACCGCUACUUCCUUGCCAUGCUGCGGAGACGUUUGGGCCACUGGGAGGGCAUCAGCGUUGGCAUGGAAGAGACACACUCUGGACCAUUGGGUGAUUCAGACGCCACGGUGGCGAGAGAAUCUAGAAAUGGUCAUGAUGCCAACCAAGAGCUCCAGGGAUGGAAGAGGCGAGUAGCUACUUCAAGAACCAGCUGUGAGUCAAGAAAUAGCCCAGGCGAUUCCACAGAUGAAGAUGCAGAAACGGAUGAUGAAAUAAUGUUGGACUAUUCCUCUGAAAACGCCCAAGUGGGCACCACUAGAUGCCACCAUCUUUUCCUCGAGUGGGCUCCAUGCCCGCCGGAGCUGCCAGCGCCAGAAUAUGUCAAACAGAAGCUGCACCCGCUCAUCGUGGGUGGGAGGGAGAUUAGAACUGCCAAUGAGUUUCUGGAAGAAGUGCUGAAAGUCGCCUUGGCCCAAGGCUUUCGGGUGGAUUCAGUCUUUCCCGACCCAGCGGAUAUCCUCAAUGCGCGCUCCUUGCGGUUUGUGCGGCAUUGAAUGCUUCUGCCGAAUCGGCAUUUGUUGAAUGAAUGUCUUGCAGGGAGCAACACCAUCCUGAAGAAAAAUGGAAAGGCUUUGACCAUCCUCCUGCUGGGACCACAGCCUCGAGAAUCAGAUGCCACUAAAUUGAGUUAUGGGAUCUUUCCCUCCAUCAGCGCAUCCUUCCUUCCAGAACUGCAGCAAUGAAGGAUGCAAAUGAAAUCCAGAGGGAAUCCAAAGCAUGCGGGUGCAGAGGAUGGAUUGCAAAGCCAGGUGUACCUCCGUUACCAGAGUCGUUCCAUUCUUCCUGGGCAUGACUUCCAUCAGCAGAAAAUGUGGUCCCAGAGGCAGAAAUCGCCAGCUGCCCCUGGGGUUUGGCAAAUAUUUCUUUAAAAUUAACAAUACUGUAUGCCCAUGUGAAAUGAAACAAGCAGGUCAGAUGACCCUUGCAUAAGCAAGGAAAAAUAUUUUGGACCAUCCAGGGAUGACUUUUCCAUUUAUCAGCCUCCCCUUUUGCUUAGGAUUUCCAUUUUGGAUUUGCGCUUUCCAUACAGAUCUCUGCUUUUUUAAGAUGCUGGGGGAGCUAGUGAGCCAUGCUUAUCCACUUUCCCCCUUUUUCCUCUGGUUUGCUCAGUAAGCGAUUAUGGAGGCAGCUGCUGUUCACUUUUCCUGUUCCAAACAGGCACAUGUGGCUCCAAUAGGAUUGACUAGAGCAGAAUCCCAUUCUCUCCAAGCUCAGGUUUAUUUAUUGCAUUAUUUAUUGCAGACACACUAUUGCAACCUAAUGCUAAAAGCCUGUGUAUCUCCACCACCCUCCCAAUUCUGAUGCUGCGAAAACAUUCCAGCUAAGCAGAGGGUGAGAAGGACUAAAAUAUUUUUUGCAAAAGAGCUUCUUUGACAGAAGCCAAGGGUUUCCUGUAGUGAUGAGCAUGCUGAAGGAAAAUUAUGGCGCUGAAUGUGGGUAUGUCUAUGCAAAUCUAAACAUGACAUUUUCCUAACUGAGGGCCGUUCAAUGGACUCUGAGUGGGUCUCCUUUGAAGUAAACAGAGUGAUGUUUGCAUUGCAGAAACCAAUUUAACCAUCAUUUUCCAACUUUACAAGCUGCUGACUCUGACAUCCGCUGGGUGGUGGCUCUGUCCCGAGUUCAAGUCUAAACAAUAAAGAAAGAAGCUGCUGUGGAGCUCUGCUAGGAACCAAGAGAGAACUGGGUCUGGUUUUAGCCUUGCAGUCUUGCCAACUGGACAGCAGAGGGCAAAAACCAGACUUUCCCCUUUCUGGGUCAAAGGGGCAUUCCUGCAAACUGAAUCAUUGACAGCCUGGACUGAACCCAGGAACCCGCAGUCCAGUUGCACAGUCACACACUGGCCUGCUAAACCCGUCGACACACAAGAGUAGCUCUUGCCCGCAUGCACUCCAAAAAAACAUGCGCUGGGCACAUCUUGUUCAUGGUUUUCGCAAGCAUAUCCCUUGAUUCAUCCCUUGGCUGGCCAGAUCUUAAGGCCUGGCCCUGAGUCUGCAGUUUUCAAGGGUCAUCUCCAGGGCAGGGACAAGGGUGCAAAUCCUACAGUUUUGUCAGGCUUAGUUCUGGCCAAGAAAGAAGGAGUGGCUGCAAAUCUUCUGCUCAGAGAAGAAUGCACCAGCUUGCAAAAACAUGUAAAGCCUAUUGGAUAAACUCAUGAUCCCCUUCGUGUGAUAAACAUCCUUUUUUAGCAAUACAUAUGUUUUUAUAACCGGGGGAAGGGAUAGGGAUUUGGGUGUUUUAAUGUAUACCUUUUUAACUGUAUUUGUUUUAAUGCUGUAAUCUGCUUGGACUCCCUACGAUUAAGCAGAAUAUAAAUAAAAUUAUUAUUAUUAUUAUUA